AACAGGUGGACGGUCAGAGACAACAAGUGAAGGAACUAAGAGCCACUUGGGAAGAAGAAAACAGAAGGUUACAACCAUGAAAAGCCUCCAGUCGCUGGCCACCAUCCUCCUGCUCCUCGGCUUUUUCCACAACAGCUGGCAGGUUCCUCUACUCCAGAACGAGGACAGCUCCAGUUUCACAGCAGACGACACGUUAGCGGACGAGCUGCGGGGGCUGUCCAGCAUGAAGAGACACUCGGAGGGAACCUUCUCCAACGACUACAGCAAAUAUCUGGAGGACAGGAAGGCGCAGGACUUCGUUCGGUGGCUGAUGAACAACAAAAGGAGCGGAUCUGAUCUGCCUCAACCCAGUGAGAAGUUUGAUGCAGGCAAGCGCCAUGCGGAUGGUACCUUCACCAGCGACGUGAGCGCCUACCUCAAGGAGCAGGCAAUCAAAGACUUUGUUGCCAAGCUCAAGUCCGGGCAAAUCCCAAGAGAACUGGACAAGCUGGAUGAAGCGUUCAGCAAGAGACAUGUAGACGGAAGCUUCACCAGCGACGUCAACAAGGUCCUGGACUCCAUGGCGGCCAAGCAAUACUUACUGUGGGUCAUGACCUCCAAGCCUUCCAAUGAGAGUAAGAAGAGACAAAAAGAGCAGUGAAGAACUCCCCUCCCUCAGCGCCGCACUGAAAGAAGCCAUUCUCAGGAGGAACUGGAAGCCAUAUUGAUCUGCAUGUUUCGUUGUCAAUGUCUUUUUUCUUUUGAAAACUUCCUGUU